UGCGUUCUAUAUCGUCGAAAGUGAACAUGAAUAUUGGAAAUACAAUGUCGAUAAUUUUAAAUUGAUACCUUUGAUUAGUUUCCGAGAGAGUGACUUGAAUGAUGUUAUCUUAUCAAUACUUGUUUCGGUUGUGUAUGUAGCAAAAAUGCCACUUUUACCGUAUAGUGUUUGAGUCAAAGUUUUGUAUAAAUAGAUUUUGUUUGUUAUGUGUUCACUCAAAAAUGAUUACAGCAAAGGGAUUAGGAUAUCAAUAUGGACAGUUGUUCAAACAAUCUUUCACGUGAUUUGGACGGCGAUAGGAUACAAUUUCUACUGGUGCAAAAUUAAACCAACAAAUUAUUUGGUGUUUUUGGUACACCUCACUUAUUUCUAUGAUCAUAGUUGUGGCGAUAUAAUAAUUGAAAAUGAUUAUGAUACGUUCUUUACGAAUAACACGACGAGAAAAUUGUUACCUCUUGGCUCCAAUGUAACCGAUGAAGAAGACAAUUUACAGGACAUCGUUUAUACUAUAUUUGAAAAAGGUGUUUUUCCCAAGGAAUCGGUGGCAGCUAGAAGAACUCAAAUAUACAUCAUGAUAUAUAUCGUUUCAGAUGGAAUUUGGGUUAUAACUGCAUUUUUACUUCUAGCCGGAAUAUACUUCGAAACGAAAAGAUGUUUAUCUCUGCUGUUUUAUAUUCCAUGGUUGGCGUUAACUACUUUUAUCAGUUUUCUGGAUGUUAUAGCUGCAGUCAAUUUCGGUUUGGAUUUGCUUCAAAUUCAAAAUUACACAACGUGGUUGAAAUUCGUGGGUGUCCGGAACUACAAUGAUUUUACGAAAUUUAAUGACUACUACAGUUCAAAGUAUAUCCCUCAAGCACCAAGUAUAGUGAUGAUAUUACUAUUCUCAAGAAUAUUUUUCCUCUGGAUGUUGAAUAUCGCCAAUUUUUUUCAUAUAAUGAAUAUCGCAGCUUUGGCCUAUCAAGAUGUUCCGAGGAACGUUCAAGGAUCGAGAGCGAAAUACCAUUCUGACUUGGAUACUUCUGAGUCCAGGAUUCGCAAUUGGAUGAAUUUUUACGGAGACAUAGAAAAUCCUACUACUGUAUUGUCCGAAAAUGCCGUCGAAUCUUUCGAAAUGAAGCCCAAUACAAGAAAUAGGAUAAAUUCAACACCCGGACCUGUAGCUGGAAGUAGUCACUCUUUUGGAAGUACCAACUCUAACAUCGGACGAGUUUCCUCAUUCAUAAACAGUCCCUCAGUUGCCAUUGAUGUAAGCUCAAAGUACAGGAGGUACUCAGACGUCGCUGACUGUAUACCCAGCAGGAAUUCGAGAAAAGACAGCAUCGAUUCUUUGAGGGGUCAGAAGCCGUGGACUUAUCUACCAUCUGAGAAAGAAGGAGGAACCUGUGAAUCAAAAGUGGGAUCUGGUAUAAUAAGGAACAGACAAGAAUUAUUAAGAAGUAAUUCAAAAAGUACGGCAUUUUGAUUAUACAAUAACGACCGAAUAUCAUGGAAUACAUAAUUUACUGUUUUUUACGUUUUAUAAUAAAAUUUUAUGAAUUCA